AUGGCUCGGCUGCUGCAGGAGCUGGAGCAGCCCGACGAGGGCUGGGGAGCCGUGCUCUUUGGUGCCCUUCAGCAGUGGCCAUUCUGGGUCCUUGCUGGAGUCCUGCUCCUCUUGGGCCUGUGCUUUAGCUGCAGGAGAAGGAGCCGUCAGGCCAGCAACAAUGAUGUAAACAAAGGGGCAGACAGCGUAGAUGGACAGGAAGAAUACACGGAUGUGAAGGUGCAGCAAAGCAGCUAUGCUAGUGAACAGAGAAGCAGGGAUUGCACUAGGCAUGAAGAUAGCAGUGGUCAUGGUAAUGAAGCAGCGCAUAGUGAUUUAGCUGCAAGUGAGGAUGAAAAUAAGGAAGUUAUAGAAGAAGAUUGCAAUGAGAGAAACAAGGAUAAAGAACAGGGUGAUGUAAAUAUGCAGUCAAACAAGAAGGAGGAUAGAAAAGAAGGCAAACAAGGUCACGUGGCUGCCAGUGAAAAAGAAGACAGUGAUGGUGGCAAGGAAGCAUAUGGCAGUGUGGAAGACAGAGAAAAGACCGGAGAUGUUGGGAAUGAGCAAGGCAUCCUUUUAGUGGACCACAUAGAGUGGCCGGUGGAGGACUUGGAGACAGUCUUCUCAGUGAUAGCUGAGCUGAUGGAGAGCUUGAUGCGUGUCUUUGAGGACAGUGUGAGCCAUAGCUUCUACCCAGUGCCUCAAGAAGCCAUUGGGGUGGGCAGUGCCUUUGAGGGUUGGAGUCCCUGUGACUGGGAUGGGGUGUACCGUGUGCUGGUCCCACUGAAUCCCCCACCAGGGCAUGCCUUCCACCUGGAGGUGAACAGUGCAGGGCAGGUGGCAGCAAGGACCUUCUGUGUCCAUGUGGAGCUGGUGUGCACGUGCGAGAAGGAGCAGCUGGGAGAGAAGCCCUUGUGCUUCUUGCACCAGUCGCGGAAGGGGCUGCGGCGGAAGCAGAAGCGCAGCCUCCUAGAGACGCUCUGCACCGGCUCCUACUUGGACGGGGGAAAAACCUCCCACUGGUUCUGCCAAUUGGUGAGAAGCUCGUGGCUGCAAGUGCCUCAGUGGCACUCAUGGCGCUUGGUGUUUCAGCCCUGCAGCCGGUCCUGCCAAUUGCAGCUGAGCAAAGGCAGGGAGAGCCUGACGGUGGAGAUGCUCUUUGGGGUGUGCCAAGGGGACUCUGACAUCUUUGUGGUCAGCCAGCCCACAGAGGCCAACAUGAUUGCAAGCACAGCGUGGCCCAGGACGUACGCUGUGGCUGAGGUGAAAUUCUUCAGGCACAUUGCCAGGCAGCUGCUGUGUGAGAGCUUGCACCUGAAAUGCCUGCAGCUCUUCACCUGCAUCCUGAGGGGCACAGGAUUUUCCAGCUCUACCUGGAAGACUGUGGUCAUGCACGUGCUGACCACAGUACCUCUGUCCCGGUGGAACAGGAGUGCAUUUGCACGGCGGCUGUGGGACAUCAUGGCGUACCUGGACCACUGCCUGCAGCUGACACGCCUGGAGCACUUUGUGCUAGGCAAUGAGAGGCUUCCUGCAGAGAUCAGCUUGCCACUGGCAAUGCGAGGGGUUGAGCUGCCCAACCUCUUUGAGCACCUGGCCCACGAUCUGGCCGCCCUCAGAGAGGCAAUGCAAGCUUAUGGUCAGCUGCGAUUUUGCCUCUGGGUGCUGCUCUCCCGCCACUGA